AAAGUUGAAUCGAAAGAGACAAAUCAAUACACAUACAAAUCAACAAAAACAAGCUCAAAGCUACCAUGGAAAGAAAAGCAAAUCAAGCAGGUGUGCACGAAGAAUUCGAACCAUUCUGUAAAUGGAACCGCGGUGAAGAUCGAGACAUUCUCGAAAUUCACCUCCAAGAUUUCAAAAAGGAUCAUCUGAGAGUGCAGUUCAGCAACCAAGGCAUCCUCAAAAUCUCCGGUGAGCGUGAGAUCGACGCGUCGAAGAAAUCCAGAUUCUACAAGGAAAUUCCAGUCUCUACGAGCACCUACGACACGUCGGCAAUCCAGGCGAAAUUCGUCGCCGGUUGGCUCCAAAUCACGCUUCCCAAGCGUGUUCAUGCUCCGGAAACCCCCAAAAUUGAGCAAACCCUAAAACCGGAGCCGGUCGCCCCCAAAUUGGACCAGCAACCGAAGGCGGAGGCGCCGCCGCCGCCGCCUCCGCAACCGAAGCAAGAAAUUGACGACUCAGGCAUUGCCUGCGCUCCUCGGAGGCGGAAUCGCGCGGUGACGGUGGCGGCGACGGCGGCCGCACUGGCGGUGCUCGCUGCUUACGUUGUGUAUAUUUAUAAGUCGACCGUUGGAGAAGGAGACAAUUAACUAUGCUGGUGAUUCUCUGGUUUGAAGAAGAGUCGCAAACGCGCUUUAUAUAUUAAUUUGGAAUUGCCUCUCCAACAACACGAUUUAUCGUGUGAUGUGUAUGAAAUUACUAUUCUACCCUCUGGAAUUUAUUAAAUUGUGUACAUUACAUAUAUAUGUGUAAUGAUGAAUAUUCUCAAUAAUCGAACGCUGAAUUCGAAAGUGUUU